AUGAAGGACAAAAAAAUCUGCAGCACUUCAAGCUCUAGUUUCUGCCCUUCAGCCUCCUAUCAAAAAGCUACAAAGAAUGUACCAGAAAUGAGUGAACAGGCAGUGACAUAUGUAGACUUGAAAUUUAACUCUCCUUCUGAGCAGCAGAAGAAACAAAGACCAAAGAACACCAGGGCCAAAGGUUCUUCUGUUCCAUCUUCUGAAUGGAUGCUCAUUAUAGUGAUUCUUGGGAUCUUCUGCCUGGCUUUGCUGAUAGCAGUGGGUUUCUUGAGUGCCAAAGCUUUUCAGGUCUCUGAUCCAACAUGUGGAGAGCUGGAAAACCUCAAGAAAGAAAUGGAAAUUAUCCAAGGAUGGAAGUCUCUUUGCCAAGAACAUUGGUUUCAACGUGGAAAGAAAUGCUACCUCUUUUCUACUGAAUACAAAUCUUGGCUGGAGAGUCGAAAGGCCUGCUCUUCUCAUGGCUCCAGACUCCUUCUGAUAGAAGGCAAAGAAGAGCUGGAUUUCAUACACCCACUGGCAGCUUUUCACUGGAUAGGAUUAUCACGUGACAAGACCUACAAACCCUGGAUGUGGGGAAAUGGCACAGCUCUCUCCACUGAUUGGUUUCCAGUAAAGAAAGGAUACGUGGAUGGGGACUGUGCAGUUGUCAGAGGUGGAGAGCUCUUUUCUGAUGACUGCAGAGAUAAAAAGCGUUAUAUUUGUGAGCAGCCAGCUCUUUUGGUGAAACCUGACAUAUCAUCACACAACGGAACUUGGAAACCAUGA